CACUGUCCAAGCCAUUACGGUGCUUUUCUCACAACUCAAUUCUCACCCAAAAAUUUCGAAGCAGACAGCCGCAAUCAUGGCCCAAUCCAUCCUCAAGGUCAAGUCUGGUGUCAUCUACGGCGAUGAUGUGAAGGCUCUCUUCAAGUACGCACAGGAGAAGAACUUUGCCAUUCCAGCUAUCAAUGUCACCUCCUCCUCCACCGUGGUCGCCGCCCUCGAGGCUGCAAAGGUCGCCAAGGCACCAAUCAUCCUCCAGAUGUCCCAGGGUGGUGCCGCCUACUUCUGCGGAAAGGGCAUUGACAACAAGGACCAGAGCGCUUCCAUUGCCGGUGCAAUCGCUGGAGCUCACUACAUUCGCGCUGUCGCACCAUCAUACGGUGUUCCAGUUGUCCUCCACACCGACCACUGCGCAAAGAAGCUCCUUCCUUGGCUCGACGGCAUGCUCGACGCUGAUGAGGCCUGGUUCAAGCAGCACGGCGAGCCACUUUUCUCCUCCCACAUGAUCGAUCUGUCCGAGGAAGCCGUCGAUGAGAACAUCAAGACCACUGCUGCCUACUUGAAGCGCGCUGCACCAAUGAAGCAAUGGCUCGAGAUGGAAAUUGGUAUCACUGGUGGUGAAGAGGAUGGUGUCAACAACGAGGAUGUCGACAACAACUCCCUGUACACUCAGCCAGAGGAUAUCUACGAGAUUUACAAGACCCUUGCACCAAUCUCGCCAUACUUCUCGAUCGCCGCUGGUUUCGGCAACGUUCACGGUGUGUACAAGCCAGGCAACGUUAAGCUGAGGCCAGAGCUCCUUCAGAAGCACCAGAAAUACGUGCAAGAGAAGGAAGGCACCAAGGACGAGAAGCCAGUGUUCCUUGUCUUUCACGGUGGCUCAGGAUCCAGCAAGCAGGACUUCCUCGACGCUAUCAGCUAUGGUGUCGUUAAGGUCAACCUCGAUACCGAUUUGCAAUACGCCUACACCGAGGGUAUCCGUGACUACAUGAUCAAGAAGAAGGACUACGUCAGCUCGCAAGUCGGUAACCCAGACGGCGAGGACAAGCCAAACAAGAAGUACUACGACCCAAGAGUGUGGGUACGCGAGGGUGAGAAGACCAUGACCAAGCGUGUCGCCGUGGCCCUCGAGGAUUUCAACGCUGCGAACCAGCUGUAAAUGUGCUAGGUUUCUGUUGAUGAGCAUUGAAACAGGGUGAAUUUUGAGCGAGUUAAGGCUAGUGCAGAGCAAAAGCUAGUUCUUAGAUGAAUUCAUUGCAUGACAUGACUUGGAUCAGUAG